GAUCGCAGUGAAGAUAGCGACCGGCGUAAACGCUUUUCAGUUCGAUUUUUGUUAUCGCCCCCGUUUUUUCUUGCGUAUUGCGGCGUCGACAGUCGUCGAAACGACUUCGCACGCGAUGUACCCCAAAAUAUCCUCUAAAACAACUUCGACAACAAACCCCAUUUAAAAAUUCAAUCGAAACGACUAAAAAAGAAAAACAAGAAAUCAAACGUGCUGUGAUCCAUCAGCGAUUGUGAUAACUUGUCAAAUUUUUUUUGUUCUUUCCAAAAAGUUAAAAAAGAACUUGGUAUGGCUUUAACAAUAUCGUGCUCGAAGAGAGUUAAAGAAGCCUUAACUACCACUACAUUUGAAACAACAACCGUUGCUAACACCAUUCUUGCCCCGGUCAAAACUGAGAAGGAUAUCUUAGAAAAUUCUAUGCUUGAAGAUGAUCCCAAUGCAAAUUCGGCCACUGUAAGGGAAGAGGAGAAAAACCGACCUAGAUGGGGUCCACAACAUAAAGGAGCUCAAGAAUUAGCUAAUUUGUAUAGUACAGGAAAGCGUACUCAAGAGUAUAUUUGUGUAUGGAUUUGUAUUGCUUUAAUAGCAGCUAAUUUUGGUUAUAUAAUCUAUCAUCUACGAUUAGAAAACAUCAGUACUAUUGUAUUGGUAGCUUUAGGUGGAAUUAUUACGGCUGAUUUUGCUUCUGGUUUUGUUCAUUGGGGUGCUGAUACUUGGGGGAGCGUAGAAUUACCAAUAAUUGGGAAGAACUUUUUAAGACCGUUUCGAGAGCAUCACAUCGAUCCGACAUCGAUAACAAGACAUGAUUUUAUUGAAACGAAUGGAGAUAAUUUUUCAGUGACAAUUCCAUUCCUAGGAAAAAUGCUUUACGAUUUUAUAACGUUACCUAAUGAUCAAGUACAAAAGAAUUUUAAUUGGUAUUGCUACAUCUUUCUAUUGGCAAUAUUUGUGGCGAUGACAAAUCAGAUUCACAAAUGGUCGCAUACUUAUUUUGGAUUACCCUUUUGGGUGAUGUGGUUACAAGAUUGUCACAUAAUCCUGCCGAGAAAACACCAUAGGAUUCACCACGUGGCACCCCACGAAACUUAUUUUUGUAUGACAACGGGGUGGUUGAAUUGGCCGUUGGAAAAACUGAGGUUUUGGAGUACUUUAGAAACGAUUAUCGAAUCAGUUACCGGCUACAAACCGAGAGAUGACGACAUGAAGUGGUCUAAGAAGACUUGACGAAACAAUUUUUGCUAUAGGUUUUUUAUUUAUGUUUUGCUAUAGCACUUAAAAUAAUACACUUUUCACUCUCAGGUUCACAAAUUAUAAAAUAAAAUCUUAUUGUCUUUUAUCCGGUAAAUUAAUACAAAUUGUUUUUAAAUGAUUAAGAGAAAAUGUUUACUGCGUUUUUAAGUUAGCAGCUACAAUGCGAUGUGAUACACUAAUAUAUAUUUUAUUUAUAUUAGUAUCAAUAUAUUUUUAAUAGGGA